AUGGUAUCCCAACCCGACACGACGAGUUCAUCCCUCUCCCGCCGAGGCGCCUCGUCCGUCAUAGGCGGCAGUAGCAGUUCCCGUCCCACGGCGGCGUCGACGGUGGUGGCGGCACCACACUCUUCCUCCCUCUCGCGCGCAAAGCGGUAUAACCGCUCCCACACGGGCGGAGGGGGAAGAGCCUCCUACAUCCCUGACAAUGACUUCCCCGUCUUCUCGCAGUCUGGCGACGUCGAGAUCGUCAUCCGCGCCGGGCCCGUCGAGAAGCGCUACCUGCUGCACCGCGACACCCUGGCCCGCUGCAGCGGCUUCUUCGAGGCGAGCACCUCGGAGCCGUGGUCCAAGGCGCGGCCCGUCCGCGCCACCCUGCCCAGCGGGAACGAGCUCACCAAGAUCGGAGAGGAUGGCAUCCCCACCCCGUCAGCGUCGGCCCUAGAUGGCGAUGUCGGCGGCGGUGGUGGUGGCCAUGCUGCCGAUAUCUGGUCGUAUCCGGGGAGGAACAAGAUGUGGAGGUACGAGCUCGACAUGGGCGACGACGAAGACGACAUACCCAUGCUCGUGCAGAAGGAUAGCGGCAGCACCAAUGGACGUGCACCACCACCACCGCCCCCCAUGACAACCACAUCAUCGCUCUUCGGGCCCGGCGAGUCGCGCAGCCGUCACGCCAAACCGGGCCACGCGUCGUCACGCUCCGUAUCCGGCGGCAGUGACUUUUCCCGGUCCGUGAGCAACCUAGGCCUCGGCUCGUCGUCUCGUCGUCACCACCACCACCACCACCAUCAUACCCUUUCACAGCAGCAGCAGCAGGAGCAGGAGCAGCCCCGCCUGUCCCGCGCCGAGAGGGACCUCCUCCGCGACUACGACAACCUCUUCCGCACAAUGUACAACUACUCGCCCCUCCUGGAUGGCGUCAACGUCGCUGACGCCUACGUCCAGUGCAAGAGCCUCCUCAGCCUGGCGGACCAGUACGACUCCCUCGCCGUCGUCGGUCCCCGCGUCGACCACCACCUCCUGCAGUUCCAGUCGCGCCUGUGGAAGCAGAUCGCCAAGUACCCCGUCUCGUACCUGCGCCUCGGCUACCUCGCCCACAGCAAGGUCAUCUUCCAGGAGGCUCUGAUCCACGUCGUCGGCCAGUGGCCCUCGGGCGAGCGCAGUCUCAGGGCCGCCCUGCCCGACUCCGUCCUCGACAUGAUCGAGGACAAGGUCGACGAGCUCGAGGAGGCCGUAAGCCGCGUCGAGGGCCGCCUCUUCCGCCUCAACCUCACCACCCCCCGCGGCGACCCCGUCCACCCGUCCACCUCCUACCUCGACUGGCUGGCCGUCAGCCUCUUCCGCCAGUGGAUAGCAGACAACACCUCCCCCCAGCCGCCACCGACGUCCUCUUCCCGCCCGGACCCGGCCACCAGGUCCCGUCAGCCGGCUGCCCCUCCCCCCGUCGUCCCGCCCCUGUCCGCCGUCGGACGCGCCUAUCGCACCCUCGGGUCCGAGAACGCGGCCUCGUACCUCGACCACGACGACUGCAAGCGCUUCCUCAAGCUCACCCCCCAUCUGUACAGCCGUGACAACCUGCGUCGCUUCGAGGGGCGCAUCCACGAGCUAAAGGCCAUGGCCAGGGACCUCGUCAGACCCCUCAUGGGCAGCGGCCUGGAGCUCGAUCUCGCCGGCUCCAGUCGCGCCGCUGACUCGGUUGCGUAUCUUACCUGCACCAGUAUAUCCAACCGAGAUCUGCCAUGGACCUAG